AUGGCUCAGAGUAGGCAAAAGAGUUAUGCAGAUAGGAAGGUUCGUGAUUUGGAGUUUAUGAUUGGAGAGAGGGUUCUACUUAAGGUUUCACCCAUGAAGGGUGUGAUGAGAUUUGGAAAGAAGGUCAAGUUGAGUCCAAGGUAUAUUAGUCCUUUCGAGAUUGUGGAGCGUAUUGGUGAGGUGGCAUAUCAGUUGGCUUUGCCACCUAGGUUGUCAGGUGUCCAUCCGAAUUUGACUUUUGAGGAAGAGCCGAUAACCAUUUUGGAUAGGCGAAUUCGAAAGCUAAGGUCCAAGGAGAUUGCUUCAGUAAAGGUUCAAUGGAAGCAUCGUCCAGUGGAGGAGGCUACAUGCGAGACAGAGUCAGACAUGAGGAUAAAUAUCCUCAGCUUUUUGAGCGUUCAGAAAAGGAAGAAAAUAAGAAAUCAGCGUGCAAAGUUUGGUGGCGGCGUCAUAGCGAAAGUCGACUCCUAG